UAUGACGUGUGCACGUCGCUGGGUCCUUUCAUCUCAUGGGAACCAGUCAUUACUAAUCUAUUACAGUUUUAUUAUAUUUUUCUCUGUAUAUUUUUUAUGUUCCUGGUUUCAGUUUUAGAUUUUUCUUGUUUUAUGUGAGAAAGUAACAUAGUUUAAUACUGUGGUUUGCUUAGUUUGGCCUUGUGUAUACAGUACACCAUUGUCGAUUUUCAGUAUCUUCGGAGCAAUGGCUUCUUCGUCCGGGAACGACGAUGAUCUGACCAUUCCGAGAGCUGCUAUUAAUAAAAUGAUAAAAGAAACUCUUCCAAAUGUGAGAGUAGCAAAUGAUGCCCGGGAGCUGGUAGUGAACUGUUGCACAGAAUUUAUUCAUCUAAUAUCGUCUGAGGCCAACGAAAUUUGUAAUAAGUCGGAAAAGAAAACUAUUUCUCCGGAACACGUGAUACAGGCACUGGAAAGUUUAGGCUUUGGUUCUUACAUUAGUGAAGUAAAAGAAGUUCUACAAGAAUGUAAAACAGUGGCACUAAAAAGACGAAAAGCAAGCUCACGUUUAGAAAAUCUUGGCAUUCCUGAGGAAGAAUUGCUGAGGCAGCAACAAGAACUGUUUGCAAAAGCCAGGCAGCAGCAAGCAGAACUGGCCCAGCAAGAGUGGUUACAGAUGCAACAGGCAGCCCAACAAGCACAGCUUGCUGCAGCUUCUAGUGCAGCCAAUCAGGCAGGAUCUUCUCAGGAUGAAGACGACGAUGAUAUCUAAAUCGAUCAACUGAAGGUUUUAGCGUCACCAAUGCAUUCUUACUCUGCACAAUGGAAAAAUAUUUCUCUGUAAUAUAUGCGUUUUGGUGGACUACCAAUGGUAUUUUAGAGAAGUCUGCCUGUCACGUUGAAGUUGUGUACCACGUGCGUGUAUAAACGAUCCCUCAGUUGAAAAAUUUCCAGACGGGAAAUCAUUUCUUAUCCGUUUCGGAAUUAAUGUUAGGCUGUCCUAACAUUCUGAUGUAAGUUAGUGUUGAUGAAUCAGCAGUGUUACAGUAAAAGAACGUCUAACAAAACAAACUGAUGGGAAGGAUACAGACUGUGAGGAAUAGACCUUUUUUAUCUUCUCAUCCAUUUAAUUUGAAAGCCUGUGUAUAAAUAGUUCACCCUGGAGUUCUAUUUAAUUAGGAUGAUGACAAACCGUGGAGUGAGUACUAAAUCUAACUUCUGUAUAUCACCUGCUCCCUCUUAGUACAGCCAUAAGACAGUGUCAAGCUAUUUGUUUGCAUUACUGGGAAUCUUGUCAACUCCAUUCUGUGUUUCAGGAAUUUAGAUGUAUUAAUAUUAUAUUUCUUUGAAGUUUUUUUUUUCAGUUUUAGGAUACGGUUUCUUAAAAGGGAGACUAAAAUUGGUCUUUGGAAUAACUAUCUGUUGACUGUUUUCAUUUGUAUUUGAACUCAUUAGUACCCUUUAUUUGACAAAAUGUCUGAAGAUUAAUUUGUUAACUUGAAUUCUGGGGGAUAUUUAUGUUCACAUGUUGAUGGGCAUUUGUGUUCAAGAUAGCAGUGAUGUUUCUAGGGCUAUUUUUCAUAGUGAGAUAUCUUUUGCAGCAGUAGGCUGUUCAUAGGACCUUUGCAAUGUCUGUCUAAAGUGAGUAAUGUAGCAAUCCCAUAUCUGCAUUUAAUUUACUAGCUUAAUCUGUUAACACAUCACAAAUAGGCUGCAGACGUGUAUAUUGUUAUGUUCAUGAAGGUUUUGAAGCAACAUCUCUCAGGUGUCUAUAAAUUCAGCAUUUAACCUUUAUCAAGAGUUCCUUAGUGGCAAGUAAAUUUAUUUCACAACUAAGGUGACUUAAACUUGACUAGAAAAGCUGAUUUGAUGUCAUGGACAUGUCACUGUUACCAUGGUGCAAGAGGCUGUAUUGAGACAGGAGUCAUGGAAAGUUAAUCCAAAAGGUCAUCAAAGACUGGGGCGUCUUGUAAGUAUAGGGGAAAUAAUUUUAGCAGAAGUAACUUGCUAGAAAUGCAUGUACAAGUCAGAACAUUUGUGCAGCAUGUUCUGAGUUUUGAUUUUUUAGAGUUCAUUAUUGGAGCACUGUAGUUAAAAGUAUAUUGACAGUGCAUUUUAAUUUUGUAUUUGUAUGCAUUUCCUUUUAUUGACCUUUUUUCUUGGUCACCCUUUUUUCUGUUGUAUCAAGUCACAACCAGAUUGAAUCAGAAAUAGCUGUGGACAACUGCUAGGCAAAACCAUUCACUCAGUCUUUUGACUCAUUUGUCUGUCUCUCUCUUGUAAAAAAGAAUGUAUUAUGUUAAAGCCAUGGCCUGAUUUGUUUAAAAAAGUGAAAAAAUGGCUGAAAGAUUGUACAGGAGGCAGUAUAGGAACAAGAGUCAUGAGGUGCAAAUAUGAAGGCUCAUCAAAGACUGAGACAACUUUUUAACUUGUGUUGAAAAUAAUUUUAGCAAAAAUAACUUGCUAUGAAUAUACCUAAAAAUUGGAACAUUUGAACAACAUGUUCUAAGUUUUGAUUUUAGAGUUCCAUUAAUGAGCAUUGUAAUUGAAGUAUGUGACGGUGCAUUUUAGUUUGUAUGCAUAGUCGUGAUAUGUGUUUCCUUUUAUUGCCAUUUUGCCAUUUUUGUAGGUCACCCUUCAUUUGUAUUGUACACAAGUUGCAACCAGAUUGAAUCAGAAGUAGCUGUGGACAGCUGUAAGGCAGAAGAUUUUGCUCAGUCUUGGUUUAACUCAUUUGUGUGUUUUUCGGGGGAUAUGUAAUGUGUCAAAGGUACAUAGGUGCAGUCUUUUUCUGUUCAUAAAAAAAAAAAAAAAAAAAAAAAAAAAAACUGCUGAAGGAUGCACCGCCUUGUCAUGCCAGAAACUGUUCAAGGUUGUUUAUUGCUUUCUUGUGUUUCUUGGUUCUUGAAUAUGGAGGUAUUCAGUUUAGUGGGUAAAGGCUAUUAUCUGACAACAGUCCUCAUGCUGUCUUCAUAUAUUUAAAUCCAUCAGUCUCCACUUGUGGACCAUGUGACUCAGAGCAAGUUGGUGCUUCCGGGUCAUCCCUAAAAAGCAGUGCUUGUGCCUCAUGUGCUUACUCAGUUAACUGAUGAAUUAAAAAGUCAAGUGUUUGUCUUGACACUUACAUUUUUCUUUCUGUGAUACCUCCAUGUAACAUUGUGUCAUAAACUGUGUUGGCAAAGUGUUACACAGACCUUGUGUGAACCCUUGUCCCAAACGUUGGUAUUUAGUCCAGUUAUGUCAGUGACAGUGCUAUAGACUUAUCUGAUUCAAGAAUGUCAUAUUUGUGUUUUUGUUUGUAACAGCUUUCCAUAAAUAUGCAUUAUGGCCUUAUUUUUUUAAUGAGUGGGUUAUGGAGGAGGUGGAUGUCACAGUGGUGCAGUGGGCUUAAAAUUGCUGCCUCAUUUCUUGUCUGUCCAUUUAGUUCUUGUCUGGAGUGUCUUAUUUGCAGAGUCUGCAUGUCCUACUUGCAUCCUUGCUUUAUUUUGAUAGAUAUUGCAAUUUCCAUUCAUGUCAUUCUACAGGUGAAUUGGCAGCCUUCCUAACUGUCCAUGCAUGUGUAUCCAUAUCUGGGAUAAUUUUGUGUGUGUGUCUAUUUGCAUCCUACAAUGACUAGCUCCUUGGCUAGGAUUAUUGGGUGCUGGGACAGAAUUUGGGUCUACCAUGACUCUGAACUGGAGGUAACCAGGAGAUCAAUGAUUGGAAGUUAUUGUGAAGGUGUGUAUACCUGGUACUCCUGUUUUAUAGUUGUGUGUGGGUUUUGUAAAUCAGUAGCUCUUUCUUCUUAGCCCCCCCCCCCUCAAGUGGAGUAAUUCUUCUACUCUGUCGCCAGAGUUACUGGUGUUAUUCUGUCUUCCUUUUACUUUCUCAGUUCCACUCCUCAAUUAGUAGAUGGAGAGCAUUAAGAAAAGUUUUUAGGCCCAACCAUCUUUAUUUGCAAAUGUCAUCAGUUUCAUGCUUUUUGAGCCAGUGUCAUCCCCGGUGACUAUUAUAAAUCUCUUGACAACAUCUUCAAUUGACGUCUAUUUUAAUGGAAAACUCCACCGUAGAACUAAAAAAAAAAAUCUGUUUUUUCACUCAGUUUCCUGACCUACUUUAACACCCCAAAGUCACUCUGUUUUAUUUGUAAUUUUAGCCUGUUUUCCAUGACAUGGCUACCAGUGGGGCUUGAUGUAUCAACGUGAUCUUGUUCUCCCUCAGCCCUUUCUCUUUCCCAUAAUGCUUUGUAUGACUCGUGCCAGACAUAAAGAAGUAACUGUGAAUUUCCCAUGCCAUUGACAUAUAAUGAGAUUUGUGUAAGUCACCAUCUUCUUUAUCUUCUGUAAAACUACUGCUUCUUUUUCUGUCUCUAAUUACCCUGAUCUGUUAUUGGCUCAGACCUUGUUUUACACUAUACUUAGAAAUUAUCCAGCUACAGCCAGAAUAAAUCGCAGGCCUUUGUUCAGGGUUUUCUUUUGUAGUACAGGAGGAAUUGACAGUCCCCUCCCCCCACACUUCUGCAGAGGUGUUAAAACUGUCACUGCACUGACGAACCUUUACAGAAUCAAUUCCUCUUUGGGCUACAAAAGAAAACCCUGAGGAAAGGGCUGCAGUUUAGUUACUUUCCUGGCUGUAGCUGGGUAACUUCUAAGUAUAGUGUAAAACAAUGUCUGAGCCAAUCCUAAAUGAGGGUGAUUAGAGACAGAAAAGAAGCAGUCCUUUUACAGAAGGUAAAGAAGAUAACAGUGACUCUCUCAAAUCCCAGUAUAUGUCAAUAGCAUGGGAAUUCACAGUUAUGUCCUUAUGUCUGGCAUGAG